AUGACGCCUCCGCGGCGCAGAAGUAAAAGCGCGCGCGUCGCGGUCGCCGUCGCGCCCCCCGCGAUCGACGACGACGACGUCGACGGCAAAUCCAUCGACGAGCUGCGGCGGGCGAACGCCGCGCUCGAGGAGGAGGUUGGAUCGCCGCGCGAAGUCGCGCGCUCGCCGUCACUCCUGGAGCGAUUCGUCGAGGACGCGCCCGAUGUCUUCGUCGCGCACGUGCUCCCGCGGCUCGACGACGGCGACCUCGCGGUGCUCGCGACGGUGAACCGGAAGAUGCGCGACGUCGUCUUCGAAACGCCCGUCGGCGACGUGAGGGACGUCGCGGCGGUGAGGAGAGAGCUCGCGUUGGUGCCAAACUUCGUCGGGUCGAUCGCGAGGCUGGCGUGGGCGAAGGAGCGAGGGUGUCCGUGGGACGAGGAGACGUUCGCGUGCAUCGCGGAGGGUGGGAACGUGGAGGUUGCGAAGUGGGCGAAGGAGCGAGGAUGCCCGUGGGACGACGAGUGGACUUGCACCGAGGCAGCGAGAGGCGGCCACCUUGAGAUGGUGCAGUGGGCGCGGGCGAACGGCGCUCCGUGGAAUGCGGAUAUCGGUGCCUUGGUCGCGAGAGGAGGUCACCUUGAGGUGCUGCAGUGGGCGCGCGCGAACGGAUGCCCGUGGAACGUGCUCACUUGCGCCGAAGCCGCGCGUUGCGGCCACCUGGAGGUGCUGCAAUGGGCGCGCGCGAACGGCGCUCCGUGGGACGCGAAUACUUGCUCCGGAGCCGCGAAAUGCGGCCACCUGGAGGUGCUACAGUGGGCGCGGGCAAACGGCGCUCCGUGGAACGAGUGGACUUGCGCCGGGGCCGCGGAAGGCGGCCACCUGGAGGUGCUCCAGUGGGCGCGAGCGAACGGAUGCCCGUGGGACGAGGAUACCAGCGAUGAGGAAGGGCUGUGUAGUUGCUCCGGUGCCGCGGAAGGCGGCCACCUGGAGGUGCUUCAGUGGGCGCGAGCGAACGGCGCUCCGUGGGGCGAGAGGACUUGCGCCGGGGCCGCGGGUGGCGGCCACCUGGAGGUGCUUCAGUGGGCGCGAGCGAACGGAUGCCCGUGGGGCGAGAGGACUUGCGCCGAGGCCGCGGGUGGCGGCCACCUGGAGGUGCUUCAGUGGGCGCGAGCGAACGGCGCUCCGUGGUACGAUUCGGAGAUUUGCGCAAAGGCCGCGGAAGGCGGCCACCUGGAGGUGCUGCGGUGGGCGCGAGAUAACGGCGCUCCGUGGGACGAGGACACUUGCGCCUACGCCGCGGAAGGCGGCCACAUGGAGGUACUCCAGUGGGCGCGCGCGAACGGCGCUCCUUGGGACGAGGAGACUUGCCGCCAUGCCGCGGAAGGCGGCCACCUGGAGGUGCUCCAGUGGGCGCGAGCGAACGGCGCUCCGUGGGACGAGUGGACUUGCACCGAUGCCGCGCUAGGCGGCCACCUGGAGGUGCUGCAGUGGGCGCGCGCGAAUGGAUGUCCGUGGGACGAGAUGAUUUGCACUCUUGCCGCGGAAGGUGGCCACCUGGAGAUGCUCCAGUGGGCGCGCGCGAACGGCGCACCGUGGAAUCCGGAGGACUGCAAAGCUCGAGCGCGGUACCGCGGGCACGAGGGUGUGGUGCAGUGGAUAGUAGCUGCAGAGGUAGGAGAGGAGGCGUAG